AUGGGUUUGGUCCCAAAUUCUUGCGAGUUUGCCACUCUUCAGGAGGCUGAUGGCCUUACUCCGGCCAACAGAGUAGAGUUCCCGACAGCUGGGGCUGAGAUUACUUCGCCGCCACCUGGAAAAGUGGGCGUUUAUCUGAAUAAUUUUGAUGCCGGCCUCCGUCUUCCUUUAACCAACUUUCAAGAAGAAUUGCAUCGUCGCAAAGAUUUCAACUUUCAGAUGCUGACCCCUAGUGUUGUUCACAAGAUGGUAGCCUUUGAGAUGAUAUGUCGGGCUAACGACAUUGUUCCCGUUUUCUUCGUCUUCAAGUUCUUUUUCCGGUUUGCAGCUACCAACGACAAAUAUACUUUUUUUGAUUGUCGUGGAGGUCACAACCUUGUUCUUGACAACAAGCUGCUCAAGGAAUGGCAGAAUAGGUGGUUGUGGGUUAAUCGAGAUCUACUUGGUUGGGAGUACCAUCGGGCAAAUGCUUUAUGUUAUGGGGGUGCGGCGGCGGGUCUUGCUGGAGGGAAUGAUACUUGUACGGAUGGUGGGGGUGGUUUGGCAGUUAGUGAUGUUGGAGAUGGCAAUAGCAGUCCCGAUGGUUUUUGA